AUGCGUCUUCAUUUUCCGGAUGGAAAGAAUGUGUUUCGCUGUAUUGGUCGAAUUAAUUGCAAUUGGAGCUGUGAUAACUACAAAGAGUUUGCUCAGCAUCAGAAAUUAUAUCAUCAUAUUCUUGUUGGUGCACAGCAACAGGAACAAUUGGAUACGCGACAAGAUGAACAUGAACAUGGUCAUGGAAUUCCAACAAUUGAAGGAUCGACUGAAAAGGAUACAGAGUACUUUUCCACAGUUGACACGACCCGCAAUUACUCGAUGGAUUGUCUUUCGUACGGUAACGACCACGUUGCUGCUAGCAAUUUUCUCUACCCUAGUAGCUUUGACAAGUCCAAGAGCAGUGUAUUGCCAGUCCGCAAUAAACGCACAAUGGGGCCAUCAGUUUUUCUUGGUUCUACUGACCUCAGUAGUUGCCUUCCGACUGGUAUUUUAUCCAAGGAUCACGGACCAGACAAACGUCGAAUGAGACCAAGUAUCACGGCGUUUCCACCUGUUCAAUACGCGAACUCAGGGAGUUCACUGUUAAACUGUUCCGACAGUGGUGUCAAUCGCGCCACCUUUACGACUAGUAAUCAUUUUGCACCAUUUCGACGUCAAGAAAGACGCGAUGAUAGCAGUUACGAGCAGUACUCAAGUCAACAGCAUCAAACGCUACCGUUUUCGAGCCAUCACGUACUUCGUCCACCGCCGCAACGCAAUGACGAUGUCAAGUAUAACGGUUUUACUGUUGCAACACCUGAAUUUACAGGUGAAGAACUCAGUGUGGUGUUGCAGCUUAUGAACGAAACAUACUAA